UGUCAAUGUUGUGUACCUUUGCAGACUUGACUAAGGUAACUGUUACUUUGGACUGGUGGUAAUAUCUCUGGACCUUUUCUCGGUUAGGCCACGAGGAGGCGCUGUCUCGCUUUACUCUGAAGAAGCUGCUGCUGCUCAUGUGUUUCCUGGACAAAGAGUCCCGGCUGAUUGAGCACGACCUCUGUCUGUUCUGCUUGGAUGCAGAGUUCAAGACGAGUAAAGACCUGCUCCUGGCCUUCGCCAGGGACUUCCUGAGCGGGGAAGGAUCCUCUCCCGGCUACCUGGGGUUACCCGUCUCCCACGCUCAGAAGCCCCUGGACGAGUUCAACUUCGCUGUGACGGAUUUGGCAGUUGAUUUGAAAUGCGGCGUUCGUCUAGUGCGUGUGAUGGAGAUCCUGAUCCAGGACUGGAGUUUGUCAGCCAAGCUCCGUCUGCCAGCCAUCAGCCGCCUGCAGAAGGUCCACACCGUCGGCAUGGCUUUGCAAGUGCUCAAAAGCAAAGGGGUCGACCUCAAGGAUGAACACGGCUCCAACAUUGAUUCCAGAGACAUUGUGGACGGACACAGAGAGGAGACGCUGAGCCUCUUGUGGAAGAUCAUCUUUGCGUUUCAUGCAGCCUACAGAGGAUGCGAGGCCAGAAAGCAGUUGCGUAUGCGGCAGCUGUAACAAUUCAGUCUGACUUCCGAACGCACCA